GCAAUUGUACCCCCUGCCUGUCCCUGGUGGUGUAGCUGUGUAGUGCGAUGAAUGCGUGCUGCGUGCAUCGGUGUGCAUGCGACGUUCGUUCACUCAUCCGUCCGUUGUGAUUUUAGUGAUUUAUCGCGGUGCGUCGUGCAAGAUCGACGAGGUGGUGUCGCGAGGGGAUCCGUGGGCGUUCGAGGUUCAUGGGCGUGUGCCAUCGACGUUCAGCCGUCAGUUCGUAAGGAAGGCGCCGAUUUUUUUACCGCCCCGCCCCGCCCCGUCCGCUGCAACUCGAUGCCCUCGGUACCCUCGUGCGGAGCGGUGUUUCCGUCCUGUUUGCAGACGUGGUAAAUUUUACGAUGUAAACGAGACAGCGGAGAGGCAAGAGAAAGUCCCUCGCGUUUCGUCCUAUCCCUCUCCGUCCCUCCUGAGUCGAGAAGGGUGGAUCGCCCAGGUGCCGAGGGUGAGAAGAGCGCGAGGAGAGAUCCCCGUUCGGGAGUCUUGCCCUGACGGUGACACAUCGACGUUUAGAUUUGAGUGUACAGUUGACAGUCCGGGGACAACCAGCAUGUCGGGCGCGCCGCAAAUGUCCAGCGGGCUCAGCAAGCUAAAGAAGAAGCACUUCCGGGUGAAGCACCAGAAGGUUAAGCUGUUCCGCGCGAACGAGCCGCUGCUCAGUGUGUUUAUGUGGGGUGUCAAUCACACGAUAAACGAACUUAGUCACGUUAACAUUCCAGUAAUGCUCUUGCCAGAUGAUUUUAGAGCUUACAGCAAGUUGAAAGUGGAUAAUCAUCUUUUCAACAAAGAAAAUAUGCCCUCCCACUUCAAAAUCAAAGAAUAUUGUCCGUUAGUCUUUAGGAAUUUGCGAGAAAGGUUUGGAAUAGACGAUUUGGAUUACAAGGAGUCAAUGACAAGAUGUCGGGUGUUUAAUCCUUCGCGAGCAAAGCAACAAACGGAUUUGGUCGAUGGAAUAGGCAGAAGGACUCGUCAAUUGGUUCAGCGCGCCGCUACCGUCCCGUCGAUUACCUUUUCCUCUCCUUCUUCUGUCUCCUCGCACAAUUCUAUUCUAAACAAACCGUUGCGUACCUGCAGUCUUAAACCGAAACGCCUGAGAUCUCAACCAGUGCUUGACGAUUCAUCUGGGAAGAGUGGUGCAAAAUUUUAUCAAUCUUAUGACAAACUGUUUAUAAUUAAAACCCUCACGAGCGAGGAAGUGGAGAGGAUGCAUUCGUUCUUGAAACAUUAUCAUCCCUAUAUUGUCGAACGACAUGGAAAGACACUAUUACCGCAAUACCUGGGAAUGUACCGAUUGACUGUUGACGGCGUCGAGUACUACGUAGUUGCCAUAAGGAAUGUAUUCUCGAAUCAUCUGACGACACACAAGAAAUUCGACCUGAAAGGCUCGACGGUAGACCGAGAAGCAUCAGAUAAAGAGAAGGAGAAGGAUCUCCCUACCUACAAGGAUAAUGAUUUCGUUAAAGAGGGUAUGAAGAUUUACAUCGGAGAAGAAGCCAAAACUAAGCUAAUAGAAACAUUAACCGCUGACGUAGAUUUCUUAACAAGAUUACACUUGAUGGAUUAUUCCUUGCUACUUGGCUUACAUGAUUGUGCGCGCGCCGAGCAAGAGAGCAGAGAACGUGCAGAAAGAGAGGAUGAUGAGGAUAAUCAUGAAGAAGAGGACGACAGCGAGUCAGGCAGCGGAUUGGAGUCUCGAGGUCCAUUGGCAGACCGCUUAUGGGGUUGGAGUGGCGUCGGUCACACGGUUACCAAUAUGGCAACACCUCCCGAGUCACCGCAUGCAGCGUUAAUGCGUGAUACCAGUUUACAGUACGAAGAUGCGAUAAUACCUGAGCUAGACAUUUACGCUAUUCCUAGUAAAGAAGGUGCUCCCACGAAGGAGAUUUAUUUUUUGGCCAUAAUAGACGUGCUGACGCAUUAUGGCGUACGUAAACAAGCAGCGAAAGCGGCAAAAACCGUCAAAUACGGUGCUAACGUUGACGGUAUAUCCACCUGUGAUCCAGAACAAUACGGCAAACGAUUCAUAGAGUUCAUGAGCAAAGCCAUAGAGUAAAAAGUAUUAUUAAUCGUUGUGCAUAAAAUAAUGAAUUUAAACGAUAUUAUCGUCGUUUACUGUGUAUUGUCGGAGUGAAAUCGAAAUCGCAAACCGAAAAAGAGGGAGGAAAACUGUUCUGGAGGUUAAAUUGUUGCAGUCUCCGUUCGGUUUGCUUUUCGAUACAGAUUAUUUUCUUUAGCGCUUUCACUUGUGGUUCAUACACGAUCGAAUCGUUCGUUUCAUGAGCUUUUAAGUGAACACGUUCUUCGCCGAUAUCGUUUAUUAUAUGUAUUUUACGGCAAGAGAUUUUUAUUCUCGAUUAUUACUUCAUGUCUACGUUGCUUUGUUUAGUCAGUCUUCACGUGAAGAAGUGUGAUCGGUUUCUCAAAUUUGUUGCUUGAAAUUUCUUUUUCUCCGUGAUAGAACUUUCAAUUGUACAUAGUGUUAUAUUUGCACACUUGCAAACGCGAGAAUUGUCAAAUAGAAAAACGACGCCUCCUCUUUUUUUCUGUCGCCCAUUCGUUUUAUUGUGCAUGUUUUUUUUCCGUCAUUGAAAACGAUAGUUUUCAACGAUCUUAUAUCAUUCGAUGAAUCGUCUGUGGCAGAAAAUUAAUAGCAUUGGAAUGUAACACCAAUUGGGCACAGGCAAUAUUAUCUGUGGAUUGAGAUAAAAAGCUCAAAGUCGCACAAAAUCUUAUCUACUGAUAUCAGUAGCCGUAAUACCUGAAAUUAUAUUAGCAGUUUUUUUUUAUAGCGGAUUAAUAAACGGACAUGAGUCAUAUUAUAUGCUACAGAAAGAUAUCUAACUUGAUGUGUUACCAUUGCAGUAAAUCCCAAUCAAGCAUUGUGGCGCUUGCCAAGUAUAGAGCUGCCUGGAUAUGCGCCUAAUCAUAUUUUAUCAUAUAAGAUGUAAUUUCAGUAGCGAUGAAACUAUUAUACGACUGUCCGUUGUUUCGCUAAAUUAUGAUAACAGUAUAUACUUCGCAGUACCGAAGGCAAUGUACACACGCGCGCGCGCGCGCAUAUACACACACACACACACACACAUGUAUAUAUGCAUAUACAAGUCGUUGCAAAAUAAAAUACACUUUGUAAAUGUUAUAUUUAGUCUGGUUCGAUUGUCGCAGAUCGAUAGUUCAGUUAUUUCACAAAAUAUAUGGGGAAUGACACGAUCCAUUGAACGGUAUUAUCUACACGAAACAUAUCUUUGAUGUUCGUCACAACACUUGAGUUGGCAACUUACUAUCGUGCCUUUCAUUUCACUAAAGAAUACUCUCAGAAAAAGAUGCAUUGUUCUUCCAAAGAUAGGCACUUGCAGUCCUUACAUAUUAUCGUUUGUCGAAAGGAUUUCGCAUGAAUCGUAAGUUUCCGGUUCUAUUCUGUAUCGUAAAUUUGUUUUAUUUAAUAAGGAAAUAUUUGACGAAAAUUGAAUGUAAUCGUUGAGCAAUUUGUACUGUAUUAUGAGAAAGGAGAAUGUGCACUGCGUUACGUAAGACAAUAUCUUUAAAUGAUAUCCAAUACACUUUUAUAUACAUAUAUAUAUGUAUAUAUAUGUAUAUAUGAAAUACAUGUAGUAUAAUUUGUUAGAAAACCGAUCAUAAUAUAAUGACUAAUCACUUUAACGAUUAAUAUAUUCAUCUAGUCUUGAUAUUUCUAUAAUUUUAUAUAUUUUACAGUUUAAUCGCGCGUGUCGAGACUACGGAUGCGAUAGAUGAGAGGAGGUAUCUACUGCUGUAUCUUUGUUAUAGGAUUUUAGGUUUUGAAAAUACAAUUAGUUUCUGCGUGAUUAUCAAUCGUUAAGAUAGUAUGGUUAAAAAUUUGCUUCAACCAACGAAUCUUCGUUGGAAUCUUUUAAACACGGC